AAAAAAAAACAUUAUUCACAAAAUAGAAAUUUUAGCAGAGAUUGAUUUCCCGGCACAUGAGAUUGUGUCGCUUCGCUACUUCGAUGGGAAGACUUGGCGAAUCACUUCCCGUGAUUCCUCUACUCUUUGCUCUUCUUCUUCUUCAUCAAUCACUCUCUCAGGGGUUGGAAGAAUCUGAAUCUACUAGAUUGGUUAACGAAGAAGUAGGAGGUAGUGCUCCAGAAAUACAUUGUUCCCGAGAAAGAAGUCGAGCAGCUUGGCAGAUUAUUCAAGAUUAUUUGACGCCGUUUGUGGAACGGGAGAGAGGAUAUCAAAUUCCAAAGACUUGUAGGCUUCAUCCUGAUAAUGAUUUAUACAGAGAUCAGGAACUGCAUAAGAUUCACGUUGAUGUCUUCGAAUGGAAAUGUGGUUACUGCAAGAAAAGUUUCAACGAGGAGAAGUUUAUUGACAAGCAUUUUGCCACUAGACAUUAUAAUCUUUUGAAUACGACGGAUACAAAGUGUUUGGCCGACCUGUGUGGUGCAUUGCAUUGUGACUUUGUAUUGAGCUCUAAGAAACCAAAGAGCAAGUGCAACCCUGCUGCUGUUGCCAAGAACCGUCAUCUCUGCGAGAGCGUUGCCAAUAAUUGUUUCCCAGUGAGUCAAGGUCCCGCAGCUAGCCGUCUUCAUGAACACUUUUUGCGCCAAUUCUGUGAUGCUCAUACCUGCACUGGAAAAGAUAAACCGUUUCCUAAAGGAGGCAAGAAGAGAUCAGGUGUCUUCUACCUCGCCAUUUCAAUAUUGACCUUGAUGCUACUCCCACUCUUUUAUCUUCUAGUCUUCUUACAUCAGAGAGAAAAGAGAAGUGGAACACAAGAGUUGCGUCGGAUUAUAAAAAGUGGAAAGAAACCAAAACCAUCAUAAGAUGGUGAUCUUCAGACUGCUCAUCGAUAUUGGUUUGGUGAAUCACAAAUCUUCCGCAUUACUCUCCUUCUCAAGCCAGAAACUUAUGGAUUCUCAGAAGAGAGUGUUUCUGUUUCUUUGUGGUUAUAACGGUUGUCUAUGGAUAUCCCAAUGGAGACAAAUGAUUUUUUAUGUAAGCUUGUAGAAACAGUUGUCCACAGAAGUAGGAUUAGUGAUUAAUUUCCCUGUAAUUUUACCGAAUCUUCAUACAUAUCAAUGAAAAAAAACAGUUUGAACCA